AUGGCCCCGCUUCCCCAACCAGCGCUUCCCGAGCCCGCGCAUCCCGCCGUCGACUCCAUGUUGAGCCGCAAGUUUGGCAAGGAGGUGGCCAACUACUUCUCCGGCUCCCCGCUGAACCGCGUCUCCUUCCUGCGGCCCGACCACGCGUUCCUCUCGUCUGCGCUGCGCCACCCCUCGGCAACCUUCGUCCUGUUCAACAACACCGAGCCGCUCGUCUCGUCGCCCACGGCGCUCGCCCGCGUCGCCUACGCCGAUGUCGAGCCCAUUGUCGGCAAGGACGUCUUCAACGCGUGCGAGGCCGACGUCAUUGCGCAGUACAACUCCAGCCUGUACAUCCCGCAGAUCGUCUUCCUCGGGCUCGACGAGAGGAAGGAGGGCUUCGUCUACAAGGAACACUACAAGGGCCAGCCGUGGUUCGCGCUCGACGUCACGCCCAAGGAGGGGGUCACGGAGGAGGCGGAGAAGCUGAUCUCGGGCCUGCGGGGCAAAGGGUUGGAUUUCAGCAAGGGCCGUAUGCACCUGUCGCUGCCCGCCGAGGAAGCCGCCAUCUACGCCGAGGCCCGCCACAUGCUCGACUGGAACGCGCGCAACCCCUACUGCGCCUCGUGCGGGUACAAGACGCUCUCCAUCAACGCCGGCUUCAAGCGCACCUGCCCACCCAAAGACGUCGCGCACGCCGUCAACACCUCGACGCCCGCCGAGCGCCCGCCCUGCGCAACCCGCACCGGCAUCUCGAACCUGUGCUUCCCUCGCACAGACCCAACGGUCAUCAUGGCCGUCGUCAGCGCCGACGGCCAGCGCAUCCUCCUCGGCCGCCAGAAGCGCUGGCCGGCGCACUGGUACAGCACCUUGGCCGGCUUCCUCGAGCCCGCCGAGAGCGUCGAGGAAGCCGUGCGCCGCGAGGUCUGGGAGGAGUCGGGCGUGCACCUCGGCCGCGUCGUGAUCCACUCCACCCAACCGUGGCCGUACCCUGCCAACCUGAUGAUCGGCGCCAUCGGCCAGGCGAUCCCAGACGGCGAGAGCAUCCACCUCGGCCACGACGCCGAGCUCGAGGACGCAAAGUGGUUCGCCGCCGACGACGUCAGGGAGGCCCUGCGCGCCGGCACCAGCGCCUUGGGCGAAGACCCGGGGCCCGACUACAAAGAGGGCGCCCUGAGAUUACCCCCUGCGACCGCCAUUGCGCACCAGCUCAUCAGCGCCCUCGUCCGUGGCUUCGCGAGCGGGUCCGCCAUGAUUUAG